GUAUAUUGGCUUUGAUAGAUAGCCAUUGAGCUAACAUGUGAGCGGUUGUGUUUAUAGCAUUGACAGGUCUGUUUCAUACAUGGCAAAAAAAAACAAAACAAAACACAUAGUCUCUAUUUUACCUAAAGAGAAAAGUGUAGAAUAUAAUAACUUUUUUUUUUUUUUUACAUUAGUUACUCAAAUUUCCGGCUUUUGCAAACGGGUUAACGUUAAAGCUAAAGUUUAGCAUGUCCUCUGUCAGCCGCUGUGAGCACUACAAGCCCCGGUAGAUAUUAGCAGGACACACAGCAGAUAAAGUACAACAUGUCUGCGUGUAAAAGAUUGCUUUACUUUGUGAAGCACAGAAACUUGUGGACGCAUGUACGGAGAAAUGUCACAACGUGGUCCCCUGUUGGAGCCGCUUUCAAUGCCAAACCUCUCAGGAGGCUGGACCUGUUCGAGAAAAGCGUGGGUUUGUUUGGGGUGCCAGAGCUGAGCUGUCCUGCAGGUUUCCAGGUGGCCACGAAGAAAGCUCUAACAAACACAGAGGUUCUGGUGGAAAAAGCUUGUUCUUGUCCUCCAGGGGUUGAGACUGUAGAGGCCUUUGACCAGCUCUCAGAUGGAUUGUGUAGAGUGGCUGAUCUGGCAGACUUUGUAAAAGUAGCUCAUCCAGAUCCAGCGUUCCGUGAGGCUGCAGAGAAGACCUGCAUAGAGAUUGGCACAGUCGUAGAGAAGCUGAACACUAAUGUUGAGUUAUGCAAGAGUCUAAAAAAUUUGCUGGAUGACCCGGAGGUUGUGGCUCAGCUGGACCCUGACACGAGACGAGUAGCAGAGUUGUUCAUGUUUGACUUUGAAAUCAGUGGAAUUCAUCUGGAUGACAAACUGAGGAAAGAGGCAGUUGCCCUGCACGUGAGGCUGUUGGAUCUAAACAAUGAGUUUUUGGUCGGCUCUCACAUGCCCAACAGAAUCGCGAGGUCUGCGAUUCCCGAACAUCUACACGUGCACUUUGCAAAAGAAGGAAGCUUCAUUCAAGUUGGGGGCUUGCAUGCAGACUCUCCUGAUGACUUGGUGCGAGAGAUCGCCUACAGGAUUUACCUCUAUCCCAAUGCAGAUCUGAUGGUGUGUCUGGAAGAGCUGCUGAAGUGCAGACACAAACUGGCUAAACUGGUGGGCUACGAGUCCUAUGGUCACCGAGCACUAAAGGGAACGAUGGCUAAAACACCAGAGACGGUGAUGAGCUUUCUUCAGUUGUUAACAGACAAGCUGUCAGACAGAACAGCAAAAGACUUUAAAAUGAUGAGAGACAUGAAGAAGAAACUUAACCCUCGUAAUUCUGAGCUCAUGCCCUGGGAUCACCCGUUCCUCAGUGGUGUCUUGCGUGCUGAAAGGUACAACAUCGAGCCCAGUCUGUACAGUCCCUACCUGUCUCUGGGCGCCUGUAUGGAGGGUUUGAACAACCUCUUCUCUCAGCUGUAUGGCGUCUCCCUCAUGUCUGAACAUCCCAGCGCUGGAGAGGUGUGGAGCGAGGACGUCCGCAAACUGGCUGUGGUACAUGAGACAGAGGGAUUGCUCGGAUACAUCUACUGUGACUUCUUCCACCGCUCAGAUAAACCUCAUCAGGACUGUCACUUCACCAUCCGUGGUGGCCGUUGGUGCUGGGAAACGGGCCAGUACCAGCUGCCUGUUGUGGUGCUGAUGCUGAGUCUGCCCCACCCCACCAAGAGCGCCCCCACCCUGCUCACUCCAGGCAUGAUGGAGAACCUCUUCCACGAAAUGGGACACGCCAUGCACUCCAUGCUGGGACGCACUCGCUACCAGCACGUCACAGGAACCAGAUGUGCAACUGACUUUGCUGAAGUCCCGUCCAUCCUCAUGGAGUACUUUGCAACUGACUAUCGAGUCAUCAGUCAGUUUGCACGCCAUUAUGAAACUGGACAGCCUCUCCCUGAGAGUAUGGUGGCUCGGCUGUGUGAGUCAAAGAAGGUGUGCGGAGCUGCAGACACCCAGCUGCAGAUUUUCUAUGCAGUCUUGGACCAGAUCUACCACAGCAAACCUCAGAACCGUUCCACCACAGAAAUCCUGAAGGAGAUGCAGCUGAAAUUCUACGGCUUGCCUUAUACGCCCAACACGGCAUGGCAGCUGAGAUUCAGCCACCUGAUUGGCUACGGGGCCAAGUAUUACUCCUACCUCAUGUCCCGGGCCGUGGCCUCAAUGGUGUGGAGACAGUGCUUCAUUCAGGAUCCUUUAAACAGGGAUAUGGGUGAACGUUACCGUCGGGAGAUGCUGGCCCAUGGAGGAGCCAAGGAGCCAAUGCUGAUGGUGGAAGGGAUGCUGCAGAGACGGCCCACCAUUGAGGACUUUGUGGACGCCCUGGUGUCUGAGCUCAACCCAAACUUUGAGACCUUCAUCAUGGACUCUGAGAGCUGAGAGACGUCUGUGGUGGCGUGGAAAUGGACUUGAACCCUUGCUGCUCAGUCGAGAAAUGAAAGCCAUGGCAGCAUAGUGCACACUCAUUCUUACUAAGCAGUUUUACUUUGUCUAAAUGAAAUGUUUGCAUUUUAUAUAUCGCUGGUCUCUCUUGAAGUCACUUUGACUUAUUUGAUAUCUUGGCCAUGAUGAUGAUAUGAUAGAAAGACUUAAAAACAUUAAUUGUCCCAUUCACACUUUAACCAAUACAGUGGACUCUUGUGUCAACAUUAAUUGUAUCACAACAUAUGUUACAGUAACUUAAGCCAAGUCACAUACUGUCAUUUUGAGUUUGUACAUAAUUUUUCUCAGCACUGAACUUUGUUUAAAAAAUUUACAGAAAAUACUGUGAUGGAACAAUAUGCCUAUAAACUUUAGUUUCGUGGUUUUCAUAAUUCAAUUUGACCGUUAUUUUCAUUAAUUUAUUAAUUCCACAGCCAGUAGCCCCUCAUUAAAUUUCCAUUUUCAGCCCA